AUGAGCGCAGGUGGUCAAGAAACAAAGGAAACCACUUCAGACUCUGUAAUGUCCGCGGAGGAUAAGAGUGAAAAUAGCCAACCAGAAAAUCACACUUUUGAUAUUCAUCCUCGUCGCCCAUCAAUUUUAUUAGAAAGUGAUCUCCCCGAAUACAAAACAUAUAGCUGUAUUAAGAGCAAACCAUCUGUAUUUGGCGGGAACUGCAUCCAUUUCCAAUUAAGUCUUGAUGAUCAAAACUUAUUCCAUUCCAAAGUUAAAAAGAUGACUCAAAUAGAGCCAAUUCCAGUUGCACAUGGAACUGAAGUGCACUACAGAGGUGAAAAAGAGUACCUUUUAUUGACCAAUGCUAAUCACGAAGCAUUUUCAUUACGUGAAAAGACUCCAACAGGCACUGAACUCCUCGUCAUCUCCAUGUACCAGAUUGUUUCGGUUGAUGAACCGAAAACAGUCCGUGUCGUUUACAAGAACCAAGGCAGUGAAGGUGCAACAUGUCUUGUGAGUCGAAAACCAACACAAAAUCCAGAUGGCACAUGGAUCCUUGAUUUUAGCGAGAGAUAUACCAUUCCUAGUAAGCGAAAUGCCAUUUUGGUUGAUGAACAAACAAAAGAAGAAGUAUUAGUCAUCAGAAAAGUCGAAGAAAAUGAAAUAGAAAUAGAUGCGAUUGCUACUGUUCCUCCUCUCUAUGUAUUUGGUACGGCGCUUUCAUUCUGGCUUGCUUCAAUUUGA